AUAUACGACACCGGUGUCGUACUUCCUUAUAUACGACACCUACCAUUUCUUGGCCCACAGGGCUCCAAUCGGCGUACAACAAAAUGCGCUCCACGGCCCGCAGCUAUCAGCCCAUACCAUUUUGGGUCAAAUCGGCCGAGUGGUUGCGGAGAAAGAGCCGAAAAUAGGGGGCUCCGCAACUUACCGGGGGGGUGUCAGCGACGUUCCGGUCAUAACUCCUUGCACAGACAUCGCCUGAUCGCACGUAAACUCGCGAUGAGUAGAUAAGCUUAUAUACGACACCGCCCGUUUCUCGCCACACACGGCGCGAAUGGACAUCAGACCACGUACACUACAUUGGUACAGCCCAUAGCUAUCGUUCAAGCCGCUGUGGGGCGAAAUCCACCCAGUCAGUGCCAUGGUACGCCUACACCCGGCGGGACGGUGUCCCCGAGGGCGG